UUAGUAACGCACUAAUUAAUAUUCAUAAGUUGACUGCCGACAGUAGCGCGUCUCAUGGAGGACAGCGAACUCAUAAUCCUACAAAAAGCACAUGAUGAGUUCAACAGUAAGAAUUUUAAACGAGCAGAGGAAUUAUACACAAAGUUCAUCGAGUCCUGCACCAAUUCCAGAAAAUGUAAUGCUCAUGAUUUGGCCAUCGCCUAUAAUAAUCGAGGGCAGGUGAAGUAUCUCAGGGUGGAUUUCUAUGAAGCUAUGGAUGACUAUACUUCGGCCAUACAGAUCAACAGCCAGUUUGAAGUGCCACUUUAUAACAGAGGAUUGAUACGUUACAGAUUAGGCUUUUUCAAGGAGGCUGAGAGUGACUUUCGGAGAGCCCUGGAGCUGAAUCCUGAUUUUAAAGAUGCUAAAGAAAGUUUGAGUCAGACACUCCGGGACAGCGAAGAAAAGCUAAAGAGAGGCUACUAAUGAGAGCAAAUCAUUGAAUUUUACAUAGCUCAUCUGAACCAAGUUGAUUGAACUGUUGAAUCAACAAAAAGUUAUAUUGUCAUGGACAAUCCAAUAGCAUGUGAUUGUGCCGUCAUGAGUUUAAAUAACAUUCAAACAUGUAAUGUUUCUAUUUGUAUAGUGAUAUGAUUUUAUUUAUUUUUUUUUGUCCUGAAAAUGUGAGUGAAUACUGUUCUGAAUAAAAUGCAUGACAGUGUACAUUUUACAAUACUUUGAAUAAUUGUUGAUUUAUCAGUUCAGAAGUGGUGCAAUAAUUAUGUAUAUAUAUUUUUAAAUAAACAUUCUUUGAAAUGUG